AUGACUGGUCAGGAUAUUUACGACGUCGUCGUCGUCGGUGGUGGCGUCUGCGGCCUCGCCAUGGCCGCUCGUCUGCGUGAGCAGACACCAUCAGCCCUCUUCACCGACGAGGAGCAUCGCCGUUUCCGAUGGAUUGGAAAGCACGGCAGCAAAGUCUCGGUCAAACAGACGAAGAGCGGCAAGAUCAAGACCCGCCGACCGAGAGAAGGGCCUGGUUACAACAUGAUGGUCCUGGAUGCUACUGCGGACAAGUGGCUGGCGCGCUGGCACUACCUUUUCCACACCUAUGAGAUUUCGCAUCUUCGAAGCCCGAUGCUAUGGCACGCCGAUCCUUUUGAUCGGGAUUCUCUACUUGCCUAUGCAUACGAAAACGGGCGUGAGAGUGAACUGGUCGAGAUCCGAAAUUGCGUCGGCAAGGAAGUCAGCAAGCAUGGGCAUAAGAAAGCAGCCGGUCGCCACUGCGGCGGCAAGCAAGCCGCUAGAGUGGCGAUUAACGUACGAGAAAAGAACGACUACUUCACGCCGUCAAGAGGAGUGUUCAAAGACCAUUGUGCUUCAGUAACGGAACGCUACGAGCUCGAAACCGGUGUAUUACAACAAGAGACUCUUCGGAAUCUGGACUUUGGAUUUGUGGACGCCUUGCCCGAUGAGCCAGGGCAGCUCUUUACCAUAGAAACGGACAAGGGGCUUCACUACGCACGAACUGUCGUCAUGGCGGUAGGUGCCGCCAACGUUCCCAAGGUGCCAUCUAUUCCAUCCAUGCCCAACGCGACCAAUGGUCAAUAUCCGCAGGUCUGCCAUAGUCUGCAAGUAAAGGAGUUCCCGGAUCCCUAUCUUAAGCGCCGAAUUCAUGCUAAGCAGCAGACAAACGUCGUUGUGGUCGGCGGUGGUCUGACGUCUGCCCAACUUAGCGACCUCGCCAUCCGCCGCGGCGUCACCAAGGUCUGGCACUUGAUGCGGGGGCCAUGCCGGGUGAAGCUGUUUGACCUGAGUCUCGAGUGGAUGGGAAAGUACAAGAAUACCGAGCAGGCCCGCUUCUGGCUUGCCGACUCUGACGAGGAGCGACUGGACAUGAUCAAGACGGCGCGCGGUGGCGGCAGCCUUACGCCGACCUAUCACAAGAUCCUGAAGAAGCACAUUGCCGCCGGCAAGGUCCAUCUCAGUACCAGAACCAGCAUUGUCGAUGCUCGUUUUGAACAGCAGCGCGAGGGCAAGGAGGGCGGCCAGUGGCACAUCACAACGGAACCCCCCACCGACCUUCCGCCGAUGGAUUUCAUGUACUUUGCGACCGGAAUUCAGACAGACUUUACGUCGCUGCCAUACAUGCAGACAAUUCUGCAGAAAUACCCUGUCCAGGGCUUUGGGGGAUUUCCGUGCCUCAAUGACGACUUGAUGUGGAACGAGGAUGUGCCACUCUUCAUGGUGGGAAGGCUGGCCGCAUUGCGGCUCGGCCCUGGAGCGGCGAAUAUUGGUGGCGCCAUGAUUGGCGCGGAGCGAGUCUCGUGGGCGAUUGAGGAUAAACUGCGCCGAUCGCGCCCAGAGGCGGAGAGCGACAGCCCUACCAUGGAGGAGUACCUCAAGGGCCACACCAACAUGUACAGCACCCUGGCGUGUGAGUAG